UCACAGUCAUGUUUAUGCUUUCACAUUUAAAACAUUUUCUAAAUGUGCUUAGUCUUUUUCUCAGGUGUUGCGUCAGGUGUUGUUCUGGUGGGUUUGCCGGUCACGGUUCAAGUGAAGGAGAACAGCGCAGCGGGGACGGAGGUCUUCUGCUUCCAGGUUGAUCUUAGAUCAGGCGCAAGCGUUGUUUCUGGAUUCCCACAGAUACUUAAUUCAAACCCACUUACUGAUGAUUUUACUGUUUUUAUGGUGAACUCAACUCACGCUCAGGUUGUUUUGACCGGUGCAACAGAUCUGGACUUUGAGAUUUCUACAAAUCACUUCAGUCUCCAAAUUCUUGUGGUGGACAGCGAUCAUAAAUCUGACCUGAAUACUCUCACAGUGCUCAUUACGGAUGUGGAUGAGCCUCCAAUGUUCAUGGAUGAUACCACGUUUAUUUACAUUGAGGAAAAAUCUCCUCCAAAGAUAAUCUAUCAGCCAGUAGUUCAUGACCCUGAAGAAAAACCCCUGAUGUAUCAUCUGAUACCUUCAGAUCCAGCGUUCAUUAUCGACAGUUCAACAGGUUCUCUGUUCUCCACAAAACCAUUUGAUUAUCUAACACACCCCAGAAGCUACAGCUUUAAUAUCUCUGUGCAUGAUGGAAACAACUUAUCUUUUAAACAAAUUUUCAUCUUUAUAAUAAACCUCAUUGAUGAUAAACCCCAUUUCUUAAACACUGAGACGUCUUUCACAUUAAAUGAAGAGUUGAGUCCUGGUCAUGUUGUGGCAAACAUCAGUGCUGUUGUUCCAGAUGAUUCUCUCUACGCUGGCUUCAUCUUUUACUCGAUCAGCGCAAACAACUAUUUGGCCAUACAGAAGUAUACAGGGUUAGUCACCAUUGUUACCAGGAUGGACAUGGACUCUUCACCACUAAGGGAAAAUCCCAUCAUAAACGUGAUAGUUACAGCCGGCAUUAGUCCUCCUGGUCCUCAACUAUCCAAUAGCAUCAGUCUCACCUUCACCGUGAAUGACAUCAAUGACCACGCCCCUGUCUGUGAGCCUGACAACCACAGAAGAGAGUUGGUUGAGACCGAAGCAACGGGGGUGGUCAUCGCCACAGUGACUUGUACUGAUAAUGAUGUGGACGCUCUGUUUAAACAACACGUGUUCACCGGACUCUCAUGUGUGGACUGCAACCAGGCCUUCAUCCUAAAAUCCAAUCAGAUCAUUUUAAACAAAAACUUGGACUUUGAAGACCCCAAUAACUUCUAUGGAAACAACGAAUAUAGACUUCUUAUAGUGGCUGUGGAUACAAAUGACACAUCGCUGAGAGGCGAGGCUUUUAUUUACAUCACAGUCGUACCUGUAAACGAAUUUACACCUGUGUUUCAUCCUCGCACCUAUUUCUUCAAAGUCUCGGAGCUUUUGGGAAGUGGCGCUGUGAUCGGCUCAGUCAAUGCCACAGAUCGAGAUCUGCCUCCAACAAACCUCAUCUACUCCAUAAUCUCUGGUGGAGGAACCGGGACGCUGAGACGUAUUUUCCAUCUGGACCCUUUAACCGGUCAAAUCACCCUCCUGACAAACCCUGACUAUGAGGACACACAAACACACACGCUGGUCAUCAGAGCGACUGAUGGAGAUCCUGUUAGACCUCAAUCUGCUACCACUAUGGUCACUAUCAACAUCACAGAGGCAAAUGAUGAACCUCCUUUAUGUUGGCCCAACAAGACCAAUCUAGUGGUGACCCCUGAUCUUCGGGUUGGAUUAAACGUUCAGGGUUUUAUCCUUUACUGCACAGACAAAGAUUCUCCUCCUACUUCAUUCAUCUACACAAUCUCAGGUUCCACCAACAUAAACAAUCAUUUCGGCUUCUCCCCGAGUGCUGGAUCCAACACGACACGUUUGAUUCUGAAGGAGCCAUUCGAUUACGGUAGUGGACUGGACAGACUGUGGAGAUACAGUUUAACCGUACUCAUCUCUGAUGCUAACAUCAGGACCGAUGCCGGAGCUCCGACCCAGACCGGCACCAUUGUUAUUAACAUCCAUGUGGUGGACCCUGAUCUCACUACCACCAUCACCACAACCACACCAAGAAUCACAUACAUCAGAGUAGAUCUGAACACAUUUGAUGUUGAAGACUGGUACGUGUGGUUCAUUAUUACUUUGUGUGCGCUCCUCAUGCUCGGCAUUCUGGGAUACAUGCUGUACAGAUGCUGUGAAUACAUCUCUAACACUGAGUUCAGAUGCUGCGAGUCCAAACUCAUCAGCGAUGAAGAGCAACUCUUUCUUUACUUUUGUAAGUCAGCAAGUGCAUUUUCUCUCUUCCAGGAAGUGACUCAGAUCAACCCUGUGUUUGAUGGAGAGGACGUUGAUCCAGUGACAAAGAGAGUUUAUGAGUACAACAGCAAGUCGGGCGCCCGGCGAUGGAAAGAUGCUGUCAUUGUGUCCGAGCCUCCGCUGUACCAACCAGAGAGCAGCACACUGGUCAUCUCGAGGAGACCCAUUGACCAUGAGCCUACACGGACAUUAGGUGCUGACACAGGCGGGACAGCUGACUCUGACCAAUCACACGGAGGAAGGAUCCAAAGUGACAAUCAUGGCCUGUCAAUUAUAAGCAGAGAAAGUGAUGGUGGCUCAUUCAAAGAUAAACUUCAGUUUCACAAGACUGUGAGAGAUAUAUCAGAGGUUUAAAGUCUCUCUUUAAACAAUUAUCAAAGACAUUUUGGAAGGUGCAAAGUAAUAUGUGUGUUAACGGUGGCUGGUGACUUAUUUUUUGAAGACAUGUAUUUAGACCGUGUGUGUGGAUCGUCAUGUCACAUCAAAUUUAAGUGAUUUUGUGCAUAAAAUAAGCAAAAAAUCUGAC